UCUCCCAGCAUCAGCACCACGGGGUUACACGCGCUCUCUGACUGGUUCCAAAGCCGAGAAGUGUCGGUUUCAAAACCUGCAGGGCUAAAUCGAUUCGUUCUACAAAACAAGGCAACAGGUUUUUCUCGACUUCUAGGACAUAAGAGCUGAAUUGUCUUUAAAAGAAGAAGAAUUUCAGCGUCGAAAGGGAAGUUGGAAGGCAAUUUACAGGUGUGCGAACAAUCCACAGCUGUUGCUGUUUAAUUUGGACAGUCAUGGAUGCGCUAAUGAAGGGGUUCUCAAAAGCCAAGGACGGGGUCGUGGCAGCUGCAGAGAAGACAAAGCAGGGAGUGACUGGGGCGGCUGAGAUGACAAAAGAUGGUGUUAUCUUUGUCGGCAACAAAACAAAAGAUGGCGUCACAACAGUUGCAGGUAAAACGGUGUCUGGGGUGUCCCAGGUGGGCGGAGCCAUGGUGACAGGUGUCACAGCAGUGUGCAACAAGACUGUGGAGGGGGCGGGGAAUAUCGCUGCUGCGACCGGAUUGGUCAAGAAAGACCCAGCCAAACAGGAUGAAGAUGCUAUGACUAAAGACUUGCCCAUCAAGGAGUCUCCAGCGGACCCAGAGGGUGAUGCUGCUGCUGCAGAAGAGGAUUCUGAAGGCUAUUAGAGUACAGUGCAUUAUCUCACAACGAUCCAGAACUACUGUAACCUUCCAGAAUCAAUUAUUAAAACAUUCCAUGUCGCCCUGCCAAGUCCCGUCGUGCCUCGUUAUGGUCCUCAAUGGAGUCUGUGCUGUAUGUGUGUGUGACGAUAUGUGUGUGUCUGUGUGUGUGUAUAGCCUACGUCAGUGUGUGUGAGAGUGUGUG